AUUUUUGAGCAUUGGAAGCAACUCUGUACAGGCGGAGAGAUAGUUUGCUUUGGAUGGAUUGAGAGUGAUUUUGGGGUAGAGAAUGAACGUUGUCGGAAGACAGAUGGCGAGAUCUAGUGCCACGGCGCACCACCGUCGGCAAUUCUCCGAUAACUUCCUGGACGCCACGUUCAACGCGAAAUGGAUUCAGUCCACGAAUUUUCCCUCUUCACAGAUAUUGGAUACUAUGGACGAGUUCAGGGGUGAAAAGUGAGCAGGAAGUCACCG